CACGCCAUGCCCGACCUCAUCCACAACCUGCCUCCGGCCUCGCAGGGGGACCCGGGCCGAGAUCUGUCCGAAGACGCGGUGGUCUCCAUCCUGCAGACCAUCAACGAGCUGCUGGUGGACAACGUGGAGGCCGCCCGCAGGCUGGUGGAGAACCAGGGGGUGGAGAGACUGGUCGGCAUCAACCGGACGGGGACUCGGUCGGAGCGGGAGGUGAAGGCGGCCAGUGCAGUUCUGCAGACCCUCUGGAGCCACCGGGAGCUUCGGAAACCACUGGAGAAGGACGGCUGGAAGAAGGCGGACUUCCAGCCUGUGGUCACGUCCCGGGCGCCUACCGAAAGUGCCUUCGAUGACAGCACGCUGCCUCUCAUCACCAAAUCGCAGGGCGGAGGUGACAAACGAGAGAUGAUUCCACUGGACAACUUGGGACCAGACUCGUACUCGAUGAUCGACCGCAGGGACCAGGACCAACUGCGGGACGGCCUGUUGGACAUGUCGGAGCAGGAGCCUCUCAAAGAGUAAGUGCCUCGUCGGCGAGUCUGGACCAGACGUGAGAAGACACCGCGCGUGGGGCCGCGUCCCGGUGUGACCCUCUGGUGGCCCCUGCCCACCGCAACUUAACCGUUUAAUAUGUACAAAUACCGGAAUAUAUAUAUAUGGAGAGAGAGGGGGGGUGGGGGGAGAUGGAGGGGGGGUGGGGGGCGGAGAGAGGGUGAGUACCCCACCCCACUCCUCGUCGCCAUCUCCCCUCGCUGUCCAGCGUGACCCCUGACCUCUGGUCGCUCCCCUCACCCCCCAACCGAAUCCCGCCUCCACUCCCCGCUCCCCGCGCUUCAUCCCUCCCCCUGUGUCUCCUCCCCCCACCCCACCCACCGUCCCUCCUCGCUGGUGGGGGGGGUGGACGAGCGAGCU